CCUGUCCACCACCUUAUCACCCCGCGCGUCCUGUCCGGCAUCAGCAGAUACGGCCAGUUUUUGAACACGUUCGCGAACCCCCUUUUGCGUCCGAUAACCCCUCGAACCGCAAACAUGUCGUCGCGUUUCUUUUACGGCGGUGGUAGCGACAGCGACUCCAGCUCGUCUGACGAGGAGGAGCUUUACAGCGAUCGCGAGGAGGAGGAAAAGUCCGAGGAGGAAGAAUCCAGCGAGGAGGAAGAGGAGUCCGAGGAGGAGGAGGAGUCCGACGAGGAAAAGGGUGCAAAGAAGUUCUUGAAGGAUGUUGCUUCCGACAGCGAGGAGGAGGAAGAGGAGGAGAAAGUCACGGUUGUCAAGAGUGCAAAGGAUAAGAGAUUGGAUGAGCUUGAGAACACGAUCAAGCUGAUUGAAAACGCCAAGAAGAUCAACGACUGGGCUGUUAUCUCGACAGAGUUCGACAAGCUGAACCGACAGGUUGCAAAGAUCACACAAUCUGGUCCGACUCCCAAGAUUUACAUCAAGACCGUUGCCGACCUUGAGGAUUUCGUGAACGAAACUGUUGCCAAGCAGAAGUCUGGAGAUAAGAAGCUGAACGCCAGCCAGGCCAAGGGCUUCAACGCUGCCAAGCAACGCCGCCCCGUCGUUGCUGCUCCACGCAUCACCCAGUUGGAACGUAUUGAGGCCCCCGCCGCUGCCAUCGACGAUGAUGGCUUCGCAACCGUUGGCCGCGGUGGCAAGACUCUGCAGUACACUCCUGAGAGCAUCCUGAAGCACCUCCGUGUGAUCGUCGAGUCGCGAGGAAAGAAGAACACAGACCGCAUGGAGCAGAUUCGGACGAUGGAGAAGCUUCUGGAGGUGGCUCAGACUCCCUACCAGCGCAUCCGCGUUUACCUUACUCUCAUUUCCACGCGUUUCGACCUCACAUCCACGUCCAGUGCCAACUACAUGGCCGUCGACCAGUGGAAGUCCGCCGAGCAGGACUUCUCGUCCCUGCUGUCGGUUUUGGAGAACAACCGUGACCACAUUGUGACCGAAGGUGCCGAAGAAUGGGAAGAUGACGAGAAGCAACCCACCAUCGCCCCCGGCGAGACCCUCUACAUCCCCGGUAGCCUCGUGUCUUUGGCCGAGAGACUCGAUGACGAGCUUACUAGAUCCCUGCAACACAUCGACCCCCACACCGCCGAGUACAUUGAGCGUCUGAGUGAUGAGAAGCUGCUGUACACCGAUCUCGUUCGCGCCCAAGCCUACGUCGAAGGUCUGAACGAAGCCGAAAAGUCCGAUCCCAGACAGGACAGUGUCAACCGGGUGGUCAUGAGACGAUUGGAGCACGUCUACUUCAAGCCCUCGCAGGUCAUCACAAUCCUUGAAGAUGCCACAUGGAAGGCUCUUCCCUCAGAGCUUGAUUCUAGCAUUACCCCUCGGGCUAGCAGUGGCAACGUCGAGAACCUCGUUUUGUCCCUGUGCAACUAUCUGUUCAAGAACAGCGAUGGUAUAAUCAGAGCUCGGGCGAUGCUGUGUCAGAUUUACUUCCUUGCCCUGCACGACCAGUACUACCGCUCUCGUGAUCUGAUGCUCAUGUCCCAUCUCACUGAGAACAUUUCCAACUUUGACGUCAGCACUCAGAUUCUCUUCAACCGGACGCUGGUGCAAAUUGGUCUUUGCGCCUUCCGCUCCGGUCUCAUCUACGAAGCUCAGAACACCCUUUCUGAAGUCUGCGGCAGUGGACGUCAAAAGGAGCUCCUGGCCCAGGGUAUUAUUAUGCAGCGCUACUCCACGGUAUCCCCGGAGCAGGAGCGUCUUGAGCGUCAGCGCCAGCUGCCGUUCCACAUGCAUAUCAACCUGGAGCUGCUCGAGUGCAUCUACCUCACCUCCAGCAUGUUCCUGGAAGUUCCUCUGAUGGCCCAGACUUCAUCUUCUCCCGAGAUGAAGCGCCGUGUCAUUUCCAAGACCUUCCGCCGUAUGUUGGAUUACAAUGAGCGCCAGGUCUUCACUGGUCCCGCGGAGAACACUCGUGACGGCGUGAUUAUGAGCGCCAAGUUCCUUGCCGCUGGUGACUGGAAGAAGGCUGCUGAGAUGCUCAACUCGAUUAAGAUCUGGGAUCUGAUGCCCCAGCCCGACAAGAUCAAGGAGAUGCUUUCCCAGCAGGUCCAGGAGGAGGGCCUGAGAACCUACCUCUUCACCUACGCUCCUUUCUACGACAGCCUCUCCAUCGCCACCCUCUCAAACAUGUUCGAGCUUUCUGAGAAGAAGAUCACCGCCAUCAUCAGCCGUAUGAUCUCGCACGAAGAGCUGGCAGCUGCUCUGGAUCAGGUCAACAACGCCAUCGUUUUCCGCAAGGGCGUCGAGCUGUCGCGCCUCCAGUCCCAGAUCGUCACGCUGGCCGACAAGUCCAUGAACCUCCUGGAAGCUAACGAGAAGACUCUCGAGCAGCGCACCCAAGGUAUGGCCAACGCCUUCCAGCGCGAUCAGGGCGCCGGCGCCCGUGGUGGCCGUGGAUCCGGACGCGGUGGUCACGCCCGCGGUGGUGGCCCUAGAUUCCCCGGUGGCCAGCAAGGCCGUCGGCCCGGUGGACAGCAAUUCGGCGGUGGUGCAUUGGGCGGAGCUAUCAAGGCUUAAAAAAGAGUGUUUAUAAUUGCAUCCUGUUUCUUUCUCUCAUGGUCUAAUGCUCCUUUCUGGGAAUACAAACGCGUAUGAAAUUCUGUCUGCUUCUGUUCCAUUACGGCCCCAGGUCGACGACACUUCGCUGUCGAUCUAUCUUCAUGUUAUCAUCUUAUGUAUGCCCUAUAUUCACAUUCUACAGAUGGUUCGAUGUCUAGACCAAUGAGAACAGAGAGGAAAUCUUGGUCAAUU